AUGUUGCAAGAACUAUAUGGUGAAUUGCCACCAAAUUUAAUAAAUACCAUUACUAACAAUGACAAAUUACAUGAGGAACUACUUCUGUUCGAUGAUAUGGAGGAUAUAUUAAAUGAUACACAAAUAUCAGAAACAUUGCAAGAAGGAAAUAGACACGACAUCUUUGAUUUGCCCCUAAAGAGAAAAGAACCAAUAUUAAAUUCUCAGGAUGCAACUUACAUUGAAGACAUGUCAGAAGAAGCUUAUACAUUCUAUGACCCAGAUGAUAAAAUAGAAAGAAUAGAUAAACCAAACUUAGUUAAUGAUGAAGAAUUUAAUAAAACAAAUGAAUCAGGAAUUGAAGAUAUAGAUGUUUAUCCACAGGUAGAUCAAGUAUAUACAUUUGAUGAUCCAGACAUAGAUGAAUAUGAAAAUGCAAGAUUUAUGGAUAUAAAAACAGAUGAUGAAGAAUAUGACAAUGAAAAAGAGCAGCUACAAAGAGAAUUACCACUAUAUGAAUUAAUUAAUCCAGAAUAUCCUUCAGAUAUAUUAACCUAUACUAUAAAGGGUUUAAUAAUAAAAUAUAAGACUCUCUUAAACAUUAAAGAAGAUGAUAUUCCAACAAUAAUUGAAAGAGAAGAAGAACCAAUAGAAGAAAUAGAAAUCAAUAAAGACAAUGCUGAUCCAGAUAGACAUGGUAUUCUUCCCAGACAACCAAAAGAUUACAAAAUUAAUAGACAAUGGUUAGAUAAAUAUCGAGAUAGUAAUAAAAGAAAACAUCAAUUAAACGAAGAAGAAGACUACAAAGAAAAAGAGAUUUCGAGAAGACAAUAUAUAUAG